AGCGCUUUAACUUGAAACAAGACGAGACAACACACUGAUGAAAAAUGGGGAUAUUUCUGUCAAAAGGACAUAAUGGAGAUGAAGGUCAGAGAUCCCGAUGUCGGAAGUGUAAUCAGCAUGAAGAACUUGAGGAGCUGAAAUCUACUCUCAGAGUAAAAGAGAAUGAACUGAAAUCAGCCAACGACAGUUUAGCUGCAACCAAGUCAUUUUACGAACAGGAACGAUCUCAUAUGGAGAGAAAGAUUCAUUCAGAAUGCAGGCGUUAUGAAGAGGAACAUAAAAGGAACAGAUCUGCUUGGAACAGAGAAAGGCAAAGAUUUUCUGAGCUGGAAGCAUUUUAUAAGCAGGAGCUUAACAAAGAAAGAUCAGCUUGGCAGCGAGAAAAGCAGAGAUCUUCUGAUGUGGAGUUGUUUUACCAACAGGAGCUUAAUAAAGAGAAAGCCCUUGUGAAACAAAAAGAAGAUGAACUUAACUCAAUCAAAAGACAGUUGUCAUCAAGGUCCAAGUGCCAACAGUGUGAACAGCAAGAAUUUAAACACAAACAAAAAUUGACUGAGAUGGAGACAUUUUACAAAGACAAACUGAAUAAGGAGAGGACUGUUCUGAAGCAAAUUCAGGAAGAACUGACAUCAUUCAAAGACAGAAUGGCUGUAAAGGAAACACAGAACGAACAUCUUAAAGAAGAAAUAUCAGCUUGGCAGCGAGAAAAGCAGAGAUCUUCUGAUGUGGAGUUGUUUUACCAACAGGAGCUUAAUAAAGAGAAAGCCCUUGUGAAACAAAAAGAAGAUGAACUUAACUCAAUCAAAAGACAGUUGUCAUCAAGGUCCAAGUGCCAACAGUGUGAACAGCAAGAAUUUAAACACAAACAAAAAUUGACUGAGAUGGAGACAUUUUACAAAGACAAACUGAAUAAGGAGAGGUCCAGGACUGUUCUGAAGCAAAUUCAGGAAGAACUGACAUCAUUCAAAGACAGAAUGGCUGUAAAGGAAACACAGAACGAACAUCUUAAAGAAGAAAUAUCAGCUUGGCAGCGAGAAAAGCAGAGAUCUUCUGAUGUGGAGUUGUUUUACCAACAGGAGCUUAAUAAAGAGAAAGCCCUUGUGAAACAAAAAGAAGAUGAACUUAACUCAAUCAAAAGACAGUUGUCAUCAAGGUCCAAGUGCCAACAGUGUGAACAGCAAGAAUUUAAACACAAACAAAAAUUGACUGAGAUGGAGACAUUUUACAAAGACAAACUGAAUAAGGAGAGGACUGUUCUGAAGCAAAUUCAGGAAGAACUGACAUCAUUCAAAGACAGAAUGGCUGUAAAGGAAACACAGAACGAACAUCUUAAAGAAGAAAUAUCAGCUUGGCAGCGAGAAAAGCAGAGAUCUUCUGAUGUGGAGUUGUUUUACCAACAGGAGCUUAAUAAAGAGAAAGCCCUUGUGAAACAAAAAGAAGAUGAACUUAACUCAAUCAAAAGACAGUUGUCAUCAAGGUCCAAGUGCCAACAGUGUGAACAGCAAGAAUUUAAACACAAACAAAAAUUGACUGAGAUGGAGACAUUUUACAAAGACAAACUGAAUAAGGAGAGGACUGUUCUGAAGCAAAUUCAGGAAGAACUGACAUCAUUCAAAGACAGAUCUGAUCUGAAACAAAAACAACAGGAUGUGAAAGCAUUCAGAUCAAGAUCUAGAACAGAAGUGGUGAGAUCCAAAUGCCAGGAGUGUGAACGCCGUGAUCGUGAACCAAAACAAAGUUUGAAUGAGAUGAAGGAAUUUUACAAGGAGAAACUCUCCAAGACUGAGUCUGCUCUGAAACAAACAGAGGCAGAACUAAAAUCCUUCCUUCAAACAGAGGUACUGUAUACCCGGAGACCUAAAACAGUAUUAUAG